CCGAGAACCAGGGGACCGGCGAGCCAUGGCGGGCUGCGGGCUCUGUUUUUCGCUGCUGCUGGCGGCAGCGUUCGCCCGCCAGGCGCAGGCCCUCUGGCCAUGGCCCCAGUACAUCCAAACCUCCGAUUCGCACUACGCCAUCUUUCCGUACAACUUCCAGUUCCAGUACCACGUCAGUUCUGCCGCGCAGCCGGGCUGCUCCGUCCUCGACGAGGCCUUCCAGCGCUACCGCGACCUGCUCUUCGGCUUCAGCUCUUGGCAGCCUCCUGAACCCACAAGAAAACAGCAUACACCAGAGAAGAAUUCAUUGGUUAUCCUUGUGGUCCUUCCUGGAUGUGACCAGCUUCCUUCUUUGGAGUCGGUGGAAAAUUACACCCUGGUCAUAAAUGAUGAUCAUUGUUUCCUCCUCUCUGAGACUGUCUGGGGAGCUCUCCGAGGUCUGGAGACUUUUAGCCAGCUAAUUUGGAGAUCUCCCGAGGGCACGGACGUCAUGGCAUACAAUAAAUUCAACGUGUUCCACUGGCAUCUGGUCGAUGACUCUUCCUUCCCAUAUGAGAGCUUCACUUUUCCAGAGCUCACCAGAAAGGGGUCCUACAAUCCUGUCACCCAUGUCUACACAGCACAAGAUGUGAAAGAAGUGAUUGAAUAUGCACGGCUUCGGGGUAUCCGUGUGUUGGCAGAGUUUGACACUCCUGGCCACACUCUGUCCUGGGGACCAGGUUUCCCUGGAUUAUUGACUCCUUGCUACUCUGGGUCUCGUCCCUCUGGCACCUUCGGACCAGUGAAUCCCAUUCUCAAUACUACCUAUGAAUUCAUGAGCACAUUUUUCUUGGAGGUCAGCUCUGUCUUCCCAGAUUUUUAUCUUCACCUUGGAGGAGAUGAGGUUGAUUUCACCUGCUGGAGGUCCAACCCGGAUAUCCAGGCCUUUAUGAAGACGAAAGGCUUUGGUAAUGACUUCAAGCAGCUGGAGUCCUUCUACAUCCAGACACUGCUGAACAUCGUCUCUGCCUAUGGCAAAGGUUAUGUGGUGUGGCAGGAAGUGUUUGAUAAUAAAGUAAAGGUUCCUCCAGAUACAAUCAUCCAGGUAUGGCGAGAAGAGGUACCAGUAAAUUAUUUGAAGGAGCUGGAGCUAAUUACCAGAGCCGGCUUGCGUGCCCUGCUCUCUGCCCCCUGGUACCUGAAUCACAUAACUUAUGGCCCUGACUGGAGAGAUCUCUACGUGGUGGAGCCCCUGGAAUUUGAAGGUGGCGCUCAGCAGAAGGCUCUAGUGAUUGGUGGAGAGGCCUGUAUGUGGGGAGAGUAUGUGGACAGCACAAAUCUGGUCCCCAGACUAUGGCCCAGAGCAGCAGCCGUUGCUGAGAGGCUGUGGAGCAACAAGUCGGUGACUAACCUGGACUUGGCCUUUAAACGUCUGACACGGUUCCGCUGUGAGCUGCUAAGGCGAGGUGUCCAGGCCCAACCCCUCAAUAUAGGCUACUGUGAACAGGAGUUUGAACAAACCUGAGCAGCCCCAGGUACUGAAGAGGGCGCUGGCCCUAGGAGAGUGGUAGUGGGGCCAGGCUUCCACUGCAUCCCGGCCGGGGGACAGAGCCCCUUGCCUACGUGCCCCUGUGCAUGGAGAGAAGGGGGCCAGUGUUGGCACUAGCAUCCAAUAAAGAGUGAUGUGGCUUUUUUCCAUAAU